AUGACUACUUCACAUUUACCAGUACCUGUCCAGGAAUUUUUGGAGAGUAUAAAUCGCAGCAACUUGUCUCCGCCAGCAUUGAGCGACCCCCCACAGAUCCUCGACUGUUACAAAAAUAGAGAAGCAAGAAGAUUACGUAUAAAUGACAAUCGUGUAGUAGAUAUGGUAGGAGACAUUAUAUGGAAUAGAGCUACGACAAGAGAAAAAAGCUUGUGGAAAGAAGUCUCUGAUGAA